AUGCACAUAGAUAAAAAUAAGGUUUGUGAGGAAGUAACGGAACCUCCUUGCAAUCCUUGUCCACCUGGAGAACCAGGACCCCCUGGACCACCAGGAGAUGCAGGAAGCCCAGGUCAACCGGGUCAUCCUGGUCGCAACGGAAAUGACGGACCACCUGGACCACAAGGACCUCCUGGACCUCCCGGACCACCCGGAGAAAAUGGAAGAGAUGGACCUAGAGGAGAACCAGGCCGACCAGCAUUCAGCACGCCUGCUAUUCCUGGAGAUCCAGGCGCACCUGGAGAGCCUGGACCACCCGGCCUCCCCGGAGAGGCUGGCCAGAGCGGUCGCCCAGGAUCAGAUGGACUGCCAGGACCGCAAGGUCCACCCGGACCACCAGGACCACAAGGAGCCCCUGGAGAGAUUGGACCCGCUGGACAACCCGGACAACCUGGCCCGCAAGGAGAACGAGGUACAACGCGCUCUUUAUUACAAAGGAAAAUUCUGUUUAUGCUGUGGGUACAUACAUGGUCUUUGCAGGUAUCUGCCCAAAAUAUUGCGCUUUGGAUGGAGGUGUUUUCUUCGAGGAUGGUACAAGAAGAUAACGGAUAUUCUGCUGUUCUUCGCAAUUCAAGACUUUUCCACGUCGCCCUGCAAAUGUCCCGUUUCGUUUUUGCCCUGGUACCUGUGCCUGAAUUGCGCUCCCGUUUCUACGAUCGUCAUGGUUUUGAACCAACUUCACCACUAAACGAACAAGUUUCUGUUCUAGGAGACUUAAGUGGAUGUUCUGAUUCCUCACUGAGCGCCUUCAUUUCUAGCACAUUCUCGUACCCG